AUGGUACCGCCAAGUCUUCAGCUAUCGGCGUUUCCGGAGGAGCUCCUGGAGAAGAUCCUAUCCCACCUCGUCGUCGCACCACUCUCCUCGCCACCUCGCCCAUCAUGGCACCGUCCCAACACUCCAUCCACAGGCCCAUCAGCGCCCAUUCGUGGCCGCCUAGCGGUUCUCCUCGUCUCCAAGGCGUUCUGCAGAAUAUCAACACCUCUCUUCUAUCACACAAUUCACCUCGUGUCCGCGUCACAGCUUCACGGACUUCUUUCGAGUGCGUUGAGGCCGAACCCCUGUCUCGCCGCCCACAUUAGACGUGUCGUCCUUUCGGGAGUAUGGGCAGAAGGAGGGGAGCUGCUCGAGCUCUGUGGCCCCGGGCUGAGGAUGCUCGACAUUGCACUUGAUAUCACACAGCUGUGCCCAGCGACCCAGGGUAUCGUUCGCGAUCUCGACGCCGAGGACUUCUGCGAAGGCCUGAAAGAGAUCAAGGGCCUGACACAUCUCGUCGUGCGCAAGCCAAACAAUGUCUACCUAACCCAACCCAAACCGCGAUAUGUGCUCGCGGAGUUGGCCAAGGCCGUUAACGUGUGGGAUUGGCUGGAAUACGCCGAUCUUGCGUUUCGCCUAUCCGAUGACUCGAAUACAGCAAACUUGCUCGUACAUGCCGCACAACCUCUACCUCCAUCACAGCUUCAAGCCGGCCCAAUGACCGCCCUUGUCCAGUCGCUCAGCACUCGACCUAAGCUGCAUACUUUCUGCACUUUGUUACCCAGCGUCUGGAACGAGACGAUUUUGAGGGUUAGCACGAACCCGUCGCUGGAACGUAUUAUCCUUGGGGAUGGCAUGGGUCCAGGCAGGGACCCUGUGGCACACACACGAGGCACUGUGUGCUCGGGGAGGGACUUCUACGCCGCACCAGUUAGCAGCUGCUCCCCCACACCAUUAUCCACGGCCCCGCUCUUCGAAAGCAGCCCCACUUACAGCGGACCUGGAACCGGAAUAUUGGGCACUGGUCUCUUCUUCAUGCAGGCGAAGAAGCACAUAAGGCUAAGCGAAUUGAUUAGAGCUGGAACGUCGAUCAUCAGGACGCGUGCACAGACGUUGGGGACGUCUAUGAUGCCCCCAUGCGGGGCCAUCACUGCUUCUGCACCAUCUUCGCUCUCGUCAUAUCCUUCUAGCUCGCCCUCGGGGACGCCUCGCUCCCACCCUAACGCUGCUGGUUCCACUGUUAUCGGCGUGAACCCCUCUCUGUCUCAGCCUCCCCAACCUUCUUCGAACCAUCAUCGCUGUCAAGCCCAGGUUAGUGCGAGCAGAAGUAACAGCAGACGGCGAACUCAAGCUGCGUCUCCUUCGUCUCACCCGAUCGAAGUUCGUUCGUGGGACCUGUAUCCUGCGUCCUCCAUGUCGAUCGGUCCUAGUGUGAGUUCGGGCUCCCACCCGAGCUCGAGCUGUACGUUACCCCCUACACCGCGACCGUUGGUAUCUGCCUCGACGUCGGUUGCCUAA